CGGCGGAGGGUUGGCUGCUCGAUCCGGCCGUCGAAGCUGAGUUGGCUGGCUGGCUCCCGCCCUCCCGAAUCCUUCCCCUGCCUCUCGGCUUCCCUUGCUCGGUCGGGUAUGCUCGGCACCUGAGGGCGACAGAGGAAGAGGAGGGAAGCCGCGCAGAACCUGCCCCGCUCUGCCCCUGGGACUCGGCGAGAACGAAGCGGAGGCCCGAUCGGCCACCUUCGCCGCAGCUGCUUGUCGCUUUGCUUCCCUGCUGAAGCCUUAGCCGAGAGCUUCUGCAGCCAUGGUGAAGGUCUCGUUUAACUCGGCCUUGGCACAGAAAGACUCAGCCAAGGAGGAGGAGGAGGAGGAGGAGGAGGAAAGGGGGCAGAAUGAAAAAAACAGCUGCAGCAAUCAAGUGCUCAUCUUGUCCCCAGACACAAAGGAUCCAGCAGAAGUGGUGCCUCUUGGACAAAGAAGAACUUGGUGCUGGUGUAUGUGUUUUGGAUUAGCUUUUAUGCUUGCUGUUGUCAUCCUUGGCGGUGCCUAUCUGUACAAAUAUUUUCAAAUUCAGGAAAAUGUUUACUUCUGUGGAAUUAAGUAUAUUGAGGAUGGCUUAACCCUAACUGACUCAGAUACAAUUGGUUCAGCUCCUCGCUAUCAGAUAAUUGAAGAGAGUAUCCAGAUCCUCCAGGAGGAGGAUAUUGAGUUCAUUAGUGUGCCAGUUCCAGAAUUUGCCGACAAUGAUCCAGCUGAUAUUGUUCAUGAUUUUCAGAGGAAACUUACAGCUUAUCUUGACCUCAGCCUGAAUAAGUGCUAUGUCAUUUCUCUGAAUACGUCAGUUGUUAUGCCACCUAAAAACUUCUUAGAACUGCUGAUCAACGUCAAAGCUGGAACAUACUUGCCACAAUCAUACUUGAUUCAUGAACACAUGAUAGUCACUGACCGCAUUGAAAAUGUGGAUCAACUGGGUUUUUUCAUUUAUCGCCUUUGUCGUGGUAAAGAGACUUACAAAUUGCAGCGUAAGGAAGCACUGAAAGGCAUUCACAAGCGUGAAGCAGAUAAUUGCCGGAUAAUUCGACAUUUUGAGAACAGAUUUGCGAUGGAAACACUUAUUUGCGAAGAAUAAUAGGGAAUGCUACCGUAACAGAAGAUUAAAAAGAUACUUCAAUUUAUCCUUUCUAUUAUGUGCAGUGAUUUCUUUUUCUAAUCAUUUAUGUAAAGAAUAGACAAGGCUAUAUAGCCGAAUCCAAUUACUUAAUCUCAUGAAACAUCUUUAUGUCAUAUUUUGAAGUAUAAUGUUAUUUUUUAUGUUGGCAUAGAAGCGAUAUAUUGUUAGUGUAUUUCACAUAAUAAAUCCUGAACUAUCAGGAGGUAAAUUAUGCAUCCAAUAUUACAAAAAAAUCUAUAAAAUAAUUGUAGUUAAAAGCUAAAAAAGUGUAUAGAUCAAUUGCAACUUUUGAGGUUUUUAACAGUAUAUUAGUACUAUUACGGAUUAUAGCUCAUUAAGAAACAUUUUAUAAUAAAGCGGAAUUUGUUGUGAUUCCAAACAGUCACAUUUAAAUUCACUUCAAAUUGGCUGUGCUAAUAUAGGUGUUUGCUGUACAAACUCUAGCAGUAAUUUCAUGUUACUUUAUAUAAGCUAUCUGUGUGCAAAAGAAAAUAAAUACAAAUCUGUUUGUGUAAAUGUUUUUGCUAAAUUCUUUUUACAUCAGGGGUCUUCAAACUUGGCCCUUUUAUGACUUGUGGACUUCAACUCUCAGAAUUCCUCAGCCAGUGUGCCUGGCUGAGGAAUUCUGGAAGUUGAAGUCCACAAGUCAUAAAAGGGCCAAGUUUGAAGACCCCUGUUUUACAUGAAUUGUUUGUCUUAGAAUUGUAUUUUAGUGGAGUUAAAUUUCUAGUAAUCACAGUACUAGGCUACUAAAUCUUGGAAUUAUUUAAUUUUAUUUGUAAUAAUGAUUUAGAGUAAAACUGAAACACUGUUUCUAAAAAAAUAAAUGUUAAAAUAUUGUUUUCUUUGGUUUUACUAAGGGUUUAUCAUUUAAUUGUGUAUUUAAGUAGCAAAGAGUGGAUUUUUCUUAAAAUUCCUUACCUGGCAAUCUCUCUGCAUGGUGGGGGGAACAAGUCAGCCACAGGAGAAAUGCAGAAGUGGCCUCCCUCCCCCACUCCAAAGAGUGAAGAGAUUGGAGUGGAAGGGAUUACAAGGGAGUAAGUAGGUGCGCAAUAGGAAUAUGUCUGUUUGCAUAGUGUGUUUGCAACUGCCAGCAGCAGCUCAUUGCUUUUGUUGUGUAUUCUUCAGUGUCCCUGCUUAUUCUUUUGUAAUCCCUAAUUUCUCCACUCUGCAAGGUGGAAAAAAACCAAGAAAAAUAUGUAUUGAUUGUAAUGGUGAUCACAUGACAAAGGGAUGGGGUGAAGGUUGUAAAUGUGGGCAUUGGAUAUAAAAUUAUUUUUUCAACACCAUCAUAACUUUGAACCAAUUAAAUGAUAAACCCGAAUAAGGCACUUAGUAAGUGAAGAUUAUCUGUAUUGGCAUGGAUUUCAUGGGAAAAGUAUAUGUAAAACUGAAAAAA